UGAGGGGACCAAACUACUGGUGCUGCUACGCCCUGUACAUGAUUGGAAAUGGCAAUGCCACUUCAGUUGAUGUUUCGAAGUAUCUAGCCAAGCUCUCCAGGCCAGAAGAAAACUAAUUGCAGCAGCAUUGAGGAGACAUAGCAGUAUGAAGCCUGACGCUCCAAAUUAAAGUUUGGCUGAAAAGCUUGUUGUUUGGCUAACAUCAGCAGGUUUCACAUUGAAAGACCUGGAAUCCAUGCUCUUUGGUGUGGCUCUGCCCAUCAGAUGCCAUCUACCAGUGUCGAGAGCAACCCUGCUCUGACUGGUCAGAGGUUGCAUGCCUGUUGAUUGGGCGAAAGGACCUCACCAAGAAAGCACACAAAGUUACCGUGGCCAAAGGCAAAGCUGUAUGUUGUGUGUGUGCGGUCCGGGGCUGAUGCUGGAGGCUCCAGCCACCACAGAGGCAGACGAUAAGGAGGUUGGUAUGAGUGAUCUGAACCAGGAUGUGAUAGGUCUCAUCUGGGGCCAGGAGCUGCAUAUCCAGGAGGCCAGACAUCUCCUCCAGAGCUCCCGACCAGUCAGGCUCAGCGAGGUCCACCUGGCCGAGGUCAGCGACAUUGUUCAAGUGAUGGCAGCUAUCCUAGAUUACCUCAUUCAGAAGCAGACUGGCCCAGACUGCUGCAGCUGUGCCAGCGUUCCAUGGCUCUGCCAGUGGGCAGAGGCCUGUUGACUCUCUUCUCCUACCACCCUGUGUCAACAGAGCCCCUACCUGUGCCUAAACUCAACCUUACUGAUCUGAACAGCGGGAACAUUGACCUUCCUCCCAACAUGACAAGCUGGUCCAGCUUUCACAACGGGUUGGCUGCAGGCCUGAAAAUCGCCCCGGGCCUCCCAGGUGGACUCUGCCUGCAUUGCCUACAACAUGCCCAAGAGCCCUGAUCAGGCUAACGAGUACACAGGCUUCAUGUCUCUGGGCCUCAACGGACACCUCAGCAAGCUGGCCACACUCAACAUACAUGACUUCUUCACCGAGGUGAGACACACACGGCGCAGAGACACACGGCGCAAAGACACACGGCGCAGAGACACACGGCGCAGAGACACACGGCGCAGAGACACACGGCGCAGAGACACACGGCGCAGAGACACACGGCGCAGAGACACACGGCGCAGAGACACACGGCGCAGUCAGUCAGUCAGUCGCAGUCAGUCAGUCAGUCGCAGUCAGUCAGUCAGUCGCAGUCAGUCAGUCAGUCGCAGUCAGUCAGUCAGUCGCAGUCAGUCAGUCAGUCGCAGUCAGUCAGUCGCAGUCAGUCAGUCAGUCAGUCGCACGCACACAGUCAGUCAGUCGCACGCACACAGUCAGUCGCACGCACACAGUCAGUCAGUCGCACGCACGCACACAGUCAGUGAGUCGCACGCACACAGUCAGUCAGUCAGUCAGUCGCACACAGUCAGUCAGUCAGUCAGUCGCACGCACACAGUCAGUCAGUCAGUCGCACGCACACAGUCAGUCAGUCAGUCAGUCACAGUCAGUCAGUCAGUCGCAGUCAGUCAGUCAGUCGCAGUCAGUCAGUCAGUCGCACGCACACAGUCAGUCGCACGCACACAGUCAGUCAGUCAGUCGCACGCACGCACACAGUCAGUCAGUCGCACGCACGCACACAGUCAGUCAGUCAGUCGCACGCACGCACACAGUCAGUCAGUCGCACGCACGCACACAGUCAGUCAGUCAGUCAGUCAGCCAGUCAGUCAGUCAGUCAGUCGCACGCACACAGUCAGUCAGUCAGUCAGUCGCACGCACACAGUCAGUCAGUCAGUCAGCCAGCCAGCCAGCCAGUCAGUCAGUCAGCCAGCCAGCCAGCCAGCCAGCCAGCCAGUCAGUCAGUCAGGUUUUCGCUCAACACAAACCAAUUCCAUUCUGCAGUCCUCAUUCUGAGAACGGCCAGUAAAGCCACCAGCUGCUCUGGGGUUGAGUGAAGUCGUGUAGUUUUUCUCAUUAAGUGUUUUUAAGAUUUCUCUAGAUUGCAUUGGUUUUAGAAGAAUUAGUCUCUGAGCAUCCUGUUAUUUUUCUCACAUGAAAGUGGGAAGGUCUCCGUGCGCUCAGAGGAGAGUUUCACUUUGACUUUACCCUGGCAGUGACACAUAGCAACUUUCUCAUUUCUACUAAAGAAGGCCACGUGGUCAUAUCUAUCACAUCUCUUAGCUCAGGGAAGAUCAGUGGUUAUUUACUAGAAUAUAUAUAGUAAUCAGUUUUACUACUAUUCUCAUUCUUGCUAGUAUUUCACCUCUGCCAGGAAAGAUAAGCCUAUAUUUGACCACAGCAACGUGUGACAUUUUUAAGGUCUACUGCUGUUACUGUUAUUGUCUAAUACAGCAGCCUUUGAUAGGUGAAAAUUAAUGUUGAAUGAUUUAAGUAUGAAAAGGGUCAGGUGAUUUAUGCAAAAUUAGUACUUUCAAAUAUUCUCAUUAGUUUCCUUUGUCAUUUGUGUGAUGAUGGAGAAAACAACUACUUUCAUUCAGUGUAGUUUGGUUCCUCCAAAAAGAGGAACAGGCUGAAAAAUUGUCCUCACUCAGCAUAUGUUGAGCAAAGAGCUGUGAUCUGUUAUAACCUUGUUGUUUUAUACCCAAUCCCCAUUCAGCCCUACAGUCACUCAUUCAAGUCAUAAUCUCUCUGUUAUUAAACAAGUGAACCACGCUGAGUAGGAAGUCCAUGGAGGACUAAAUAAAAUGGCUGCCAUGACAUGACGAGCAUCGGGCUGCUACUGGGUGUGUCUACAGUCAAGCUGAGAAACAUGGGACGUGUCAAUCACCCACCUGCAGAGCAUCCACAUUCCCGCACUGCUCCCACCCACCUCCACUGAGCUAGACGUACCGCACAACGUGCAGGUGGCGGCUGUGCUGGGCAUCGGCCUGGUCUUCCAGGACACGGGCCACCGCCACAACGCAGAGGUGUGAUCGGUGGACUCCCCCUGGUCCUGAGAUGGAGUACUGCACAGACAGAGAGCCCUACUCCUUGGCCUGGCCCUGGGUAUGGUCUGGCUGGAGGACAAUGACCCAACACACCUCCAGGCUAUUUGACCAAGAAGGAGAGUGAUGGAGUGCUGCAUCAGAGGACCUCAACCCAAUUGAGAUGGUUUGGGAUGAGUUUGACCGCAGAGUGAAGGAAAAGCAGCCAACAAGUGCUCAUAAUAUGUGUGAACUCCUUCAAGACUGUUGGAAAAGCAUUCCAGGUGAAGCUGGUUGAGGGAAUGCCGAGAGUAUGCAAAGCUGUCAUCAAGGCAAAGGGUGGUGAUUUUGAAGAAUCUCACAUAUAAAAUAUGUUUUGAUUUGUUUAACACCUUUUUGGUUACUACGUGAAUCCAUAUGUGUUAUUUUAUAGUUUUGAUGUCUUCACUGUUAUUCUACAAUGUAGAAAAUAGUAAAAAUAAAGAAAAACACUUGAAUGAGUAGGUGAUCUAAAACUUUUGACCUGUAGUGUACGUUGUGAUAUUGUUGUAUAGUGGUUUUAAACAUUUUGUGUUGUAAAUAUGUAGUGGUGUAAUAAUGUUAUAUGAUGUACUGUUUUGCAGGAAGUUAUCAACUGUUUAUGUAGAGCGGCGAAAAAAAGAAAGUCUUGCAUGGAAAGCAAUCUUCAUACUUUAAAAGGCUGAUAAAUAAUAAAAGGGUAUCAAUGUAUCAUUAGCCUUCCCCCAGGACUCAUCUAAAAGACCAUAUUGUAUGCUUUAUGCAUGGCAGUAACCUAAUACAGUUGAAGUCAGAAGUUUACAUAGACCUUAGCCAAAUACAUUUAAUCUCAGUUUUUCACAAUUCCUGACAUUUAAUCCUAGUAAAUAUUCCCUGUUUUAGGUCACUUAGGAUCACCACUUUAUUUUAAGAAUGUGAAAUGUCAUAAUAAUAGUAGAGCGAAUGAUUUAUUUCAGCUUUUUUUUCUUUUAUCACAUUCCCAGUGGGUCAGACGUUUACAUACACUCAAUUAGUAUUUGGCAGCAUUGCCUUUAAAUUGUUUAAUUUAUGUCAAACGUUUCAGUUAGCCUUCCACAAGCUUCCCACAAUAAGUUGGGUGCAUUUUGGCCCAUUCCUCCUGACAGAGCUGGUGUAACUGAGUCAGGUUUGUAGGCCUCCUUGCUCGCACACGCCUUUUCAGUUCUGCCCACACAUUUUCUAUAGGAUUGAGGUCAGGGCUUUGUGAUGGCCACUCCAAUACCUUGACUUUGUUGUCCUUAAGCCAUUUUACCACAACUUUGGAAGUGUGCUUGGGGUCAUUAUCCAUUUGGAAGACCCAUUUGCGACCAUGCUUUAACUUCCUGACUGAUGUCUUGAGAUGUUGCUUCAAUAUAUCCACAUCAUUUUCCUGCCUCAUGAUGCCAUCUAUUUUGUGAAGUGCACCAAUCCCUCCUGCAGCAAGCACCCCCACAACAUGAUGCUGCCACCCCGUGCUUCAUGGUUGGGAUGGUGUUCUUCGGCUUGCAAGCCUCCCCCUUUUUCCUCCAAACAUAACGAUAGUCAUUAUGGCCAAACAGUUCUAUUUUUGUUUCAUCAGACCAGAGGACAUUUCUCCAAAAAGUAUGAUCUUUGUCCCCAUGUGCAUUUGCAAACCAUAGUCUGGCUUUUUUAUGGCGAUUUUGGAGCAGUGUCUUCUUCCUUGCUGAGCGGCCUUUCAGGUUAUGUUGAUAUAGGACUCGUUUUACUGUGGAUAUAGAUACUUUUGUACCUGUUUCCUCCAGCAUCUUCACAAGGUCUUUUGCUGUUGUUCUGGGAUUGAUUUGCACUUUUCACACACAAGUACGUUCAUCUCUAGGAGACAGAACGCGUCUUGUUCCUAAGUGUUUUGACGGCUGCGUGGUCCCAUGGUGUUUAUACUUGCAUACUAUUGUUUGUGCAGAUGAACGUGGUAUCUUCAGGCAUUUUGGAAAUUGCUCACAAGGAUGAACCAGGCUUGGUCUACAAUUGUCUACAAUUCUUUUUGAAGUCUUGGCUGAUUUCUUUAGAUUUUUCCCAUGAUGUCAAGCAAAGAGGCACUAAGUUUGAAGGUAGGCCUUGAAAUACAUCCACAGGUACACCUCCAAUUGGGUCAAAUGAUGUCAAUUAGCCUAUCAGAAGCUUCUAAAGCCAUGACAUCAUUUUCUGGAAUUUUCAAAGCUGUUUAAAGGCACAGUCAACUUAGUGUAUGUAAACUUCUGACCCACUGGAAUUGUGAUGCAGUGAAAUAAUAAGUAGAUGUCCUAACUGACUUGCCAAAACUAUAGUUUGUUAACAAGAAAUUUGCAGAGUGGUUAAAAAUCAAGUUUAAUGACUCCAACCUAAGUGUAUGUAAACUUCCGACUUCAACUGUAGGUAUGACUAACCUGAAUGUACCUGAGCAGCUCUAUAUGGUGGUAGGGCAUCGAGGCACCCACACCAGUAUCAACAGAGAAAAACACAAGUCCCCCAGCUACCAGAUCAUGGAGAAGUACAAUUAGCAACCUUCAAGAAAACUUUCCUUCCUUGUAGGCCUACUGUCUGUCAGUUGAUCCCCAUCUAACAUAUGACAUUUUUUCCUGGAGGCACAAAACCAUGGUCUAACAGAAUACUAUGACCAGAGACUUAAGAAUGUCCCAAGUGUGGGGGUUUCUGGUCAUCAACGUGGACGUCACCUGUCCUGGAGCGACCCUGGCUAUGAUCUACCUGAAGACCAACAACAGGUCUAUCGCGGGUAGGCUGAAAGCUCCAGACACCAUGUUCCUCCUGGACUGCACUCUGGGUCAGUACAGACCUGCCUUAUUUCAGUGUACUCUGGGUCAGUACAGACCUGUCUUUUUCACUGAGCCAGACCCCCGGAGCUCUCCGUCAGUGGUUCCCAACCUAGGUGGGGGGCGCCACAUUUUCCUUGGGGGUUGCGGGCCUUACUUGAUUUGCAACAUUUCUGGGAUCUUUUAUUUCAGCUCAUGAAACAUGGGACCAACGCUUUACAUGUUGCGUUAAUAUUUUUGUUCAGUAAAAUAGCUGAUCCUGUACACUCACACAUUUUAGGUCGUCACUCACUUCUAAACCCACAAAGUCAUAAACCCCGCCCAUUUCUACAAUGUAUCUUCUUAAAAUUUGAUUUUAAACCUAAUCUUAACCAUACUGCUAACCUUAUGCCUCACCUUAACUUAAGACCUAAAAGCACAUUUUUGUUGCCAAUUUUGACUUUGUGGCUGUGGAAUCUGACUUUGUGGAUAUAGAAGCUUGGCACUGUCUCCUCUCCCUCCUCAGACACUGGCCAGGUGUAUCAUCAUUUGGGAUGAGAUUCUGCCCAACUCGAAAGCAGCAAUGUGCCUCCGAGAACAUUGGGAAUCCAGUGGUUUCGGAGGAUUUGAACAUGAAAACCAUAGCGUGACUACAAACUGACUACAAGUUUUCCUAGCUCUUUCAGCAUGGCUGGAUAUAAGAGACAGAGAUGGUGUGUUUAGUCACAUGAUGAUGUGUGGGACGACUCCUGUCCUCAGGCAAGCCCAUGACCACAUAAUUGCUGGAACCUGUAUGACUGUGGGAUUCCACUUCGCUGGCUCGGCCAACUCUGACGCAUUCGACUGCUUGUAAAAUUUCGCAAGGAACUUCAUGCAGUGUUUGACAUCAGCAACAGUUACGGGCCACUAUAACUUAGAGAUGUGUCUGAGCAUGUUGUUGUCCAUGGUGAUGGCUGGCUCUGGUAACCUGAAGGUGCUGGAGCUCUGCCACGUCCUCCACAAGAGGACCAGAACUAUGACCCACCACAUGGCAUGCUCGUCCUGGGAGGAGGGAGGUACACUCCAACUCGGCCAUCGCUACCUUGCUCUGUGCGCUCUACCACCAUUUUCCUGCCCACAGCACAGAUAACCGAGCAUAGGGGACUCUGUUAUGAGGAGAUUACAGCGGAACUGAUGGCCCCCACCAUGUUGCCUGAGCUGCAGCUCCUCAAUAAGGUCAAAUGAAAUGUAAUCAUGCUGCAAAGUCAUUCUGCUAAGCAGGAUGGUCCAUGUCAAAAUUGAGAUUUCAAGAUUUUUGUUAGAAAGUGAGUAAUGCAAUGUGUCCAUGUAUGCAAUUGAUAUGCUUUUCUCCCUUCCUCUUUACAAUACAGUACAGGGAAAGGUCAGUUAGGAUGAUCAAACUCCGCUAUUACAAGAAAAUCAUAGGAUCUUUUUCACAUUGUUUUCAAACUAAAUGUUCAAAGAUGAAUGGCUGCCCUACUUGUUUUAAUGUGGUUACAGAUUCAAGUAAAAUGACCAUUGAUACUGGAAGCUGUCCAUAGACCUGAAGUAAAGGAACUCCACAUCUUCAAGAUGGGGUUCUGUAUCUGAAGCUGCGUGCCCUAUAAGGUCGACCUUCUGGACUGGAAGAAUCUAUUAUCCCCCAACGUCGUCAACAGGAACUCAGAAGUCCGCACAUUCAAGGAAGUACAUCGUUCCCUGAGCUCCUGUUGAAGUUGUCAGCUAUGCAUCCCUGUACAAGCAUUGCUGCGCCUGGGCCCUCUCCUCCUGGGGACUGCAAGCUUCAGGACUGGACAACAGGCCUGUUGAAAUUACCUGACCUUUGACCGCUAACCUUGGUCUCUUACUUUACCUUGGUCUUGACCCAGAAGGGUCACUCUGCCUGCACUGCUUGUUGCAGCUCACAAGAAAUGGACCUGAUAUUAUAUUAAAAAUCAUUGUAAAAGCUUUCUUGAUACAGAUUGUAAGUCAAAUGAUUGUAAGUCAAAUGUUUGUACUCUACCUGUAUUCCAUAUAAAAUAAUGCAGUAAAUAAAAAGUGAUUUGAGACUUGUGUAAGUGACCUAGAAUUUAAAGGUAACUAUUAGCUAACAUAGUGGAUGUGGAUGACCAAUAACUUUCGGCAUUGCACAUGAUCAAUAGUACCCACUUCCAUCGACAUGUUGUUUUGGCUAACUUUCAGUGUUGUAGUGUUGCCAUUUUGUAUUUUUAAAUGACGAGCCGUUUCAGCACAGCAUGCAGUCUAGGCUGCCAUCUCAGUUAUCGUUAUCUCAGAAAAGAUGUUCUGCUCUCUCACAUAUUAAUUCUGUUUCUGCGGUAUGUGUUGGGAGGUACUGCGUGGGCUGUGGCGCAACGGAAUGCAUCGGCCUGAGCUGUGAUCUAACACCUCUGGGAACAUUCCACAGCAAAAUGGAAAACAUCCUGCAACAGAUACCACACCCACCUCACCCCAUACCAAGCUCCGUUGACUUCUAUUGGCCUUGUAUAUCCAAAUAGCUCUGUGUCCUCCACUUGACCAUGAAUGGUUAUACAGCCCUUUAUCUGUGUCCCCAAUGGUAUACUGUCAGGCUCUAAAAUAACUAUUUAAGUUAACAGCUUUUUUUGUGGCAUCUUUAGGACCAACUGACAUGAAAGGUACACACCGAUGUGGCAGAUGGAUUGCAAACAUACCACAUUCACUGGAAUGCUGUCAUGUGGUCGUGACAUUAAAAGUUCAGUGACAGAAAAGUAUUUGAUUUUGCGAGGAAGGAGAACUGUCAAAGUUAACUUGGAAAGGUGGAGUGGUGCAAUUCUAACGUGGUUAACUAAUUCUCUGGUCGUUUAUAUACAAUAUAAUUGAAUUGUGUUUUGGAACAUGGUGUAUCUGCUGUCACCAGCCAAGUGAAGUGAAUAACUGUGCAAGUUCUCUGGGGAGGUAGCAACCAGUUCCCAAGCUGGCACAAAGCGGCAGUAAUAACACAUUUUUUUCUGUAGGAAGCAUGACACUGCCAUUUGGUUUGUUCUUCUAUGGACAUCCAGGAAAUGUGUACAGAAUCCAAAACUUCACAUUCCAAAACAUCCAUUCAUGAUAUUUUACAGAUCAAUGGUCAACCGGAUCUGUAGAUAGAGUGGGUGUAGAAGUAUUCAUCCGUUUAUGACCUUCAAAGCCGAUGCCUUUAAUAAGCUUGUGGGAGCAAGCGCUGUAGGGAGCGGGCUGUUUCCUCAAUAAAGCAUUCUAUGAAUGUCAUACUGGUACACACCCUCUGGUCCUGGAGGUUCCCACGUCCUAAAUCAACAUUGAAACAAGACCAGUAUGUACAUUGAAAUAAGACAAAACAAACAAAUAAAAAAUGCUUCUUCAUCCUUAA